UCUUCAGAUUCCCCAAACUGCUGUCACCAGGAUGCUGUGUCUCCUUGUUUGCUUUUUGAUUUUUGUUUUUGGUUUGGGUUUUAACUUCUGCCCAGUAAACUGGGUCUGUUUACUCCCACAGGAAGAGUAAGAAUUCCCUCACUGACCAUCAUUUUCCCCCAGCCAGAAGUAAUUUCUCUAACAGGUGGAGGAGAGGAAUCUUUAAUUGAAUCUAUUCAAGCUGAGAAAGCCCUAAACCACUUAUUUCUCUCUGUGCAAAUGUGUAAUGUUCCAACUUACGUAAAGGGUGACAACCUCUUCUAGAGGGAUGAAGCUGGGGGAAGUGUGGGGGGAUGGGGUCUUGGUCCUUUUAAAGAACACUUGGAUACUUCUGAAUUUCGUGGUUGGAGUUUUCUGCUGUGACUGUGUUUUGGGAACACAGUCUCUGGAAAAGGCUGGAAGUUUGGGUGCUUGCCAGCCUAUAGCAGAAUCGAGUGCUGCAUGUUGUAUUUGCAAGGUGCGCAGUACAGACACACUGGUGCUCCCAGUUCCAGUUAAGAGAACCUGAAAUAAAGAUGAGCCAACCACUGCAUGUGGACUCAAGGUAUUUGGCACUAAGUAGUGGCAUUGUGCGACAGCAUUCCAACAUUUAAUGGAGUGGCUGUCAAAGCACAGAGAAAAUGCUAACAAGCAAAAGCUACAUUUAUCUGAUCUUAAGCUUCUCUUGUAGCAUGCUUUUGUGUGAUGCCUGGUGUACUGUUACUGAACUUGUGCAUUUUAGGAUUAGUGCAUAAGCCAUGCCAGUAUAUUACUUUAACCUGUUCAAUGUUUUUAGCAAGCUGCUGAAAACCUCUUUGUGAUCUGUAUGUGGUCCACGCAGUAUUUCAUGGCCCCUCUUGUGCCAUGUCCUUGUGUAAGACACAGCUUGGCUGUGGGGCUGAGGCAGGGUGAGGAGAUGAUCUUCCAGCCCCUCAUGUCCAUGUUGCCAGUUCCUGUUGUGAGCAGUGGAUGGAAAGGUCAGUGAGAUCAAAACUUUUUUCCUGAGUUGUGAUGUGACCUCUUCCUCUAUCCACCAUCUAUUUCUAGAGAUACCUGAAUUGACCAAGCACGUUCUCCUUUCACUUAGGAUUAUCUGUCUCCUGCUCUUGAGAUCCACUGUGUUCUGAGCAGUGUGGGGAAGAUGACUUAUUUCAGUCAGGCUGAAGUUUGGGAACUAGCGAUCGCUUUUUUUUCCAGGGACUUGCUCUUGGCCAAGCCCCUCUUGUAUUUAACUCAGCCCUUUAUUUUCACUUCUUCCUUUUAAAUUAGGCUGUGUAGCAGAGAGGGGCUCUUGUGGACUUGUCCUGGGUCAUGGGAUUGCCCCUACUGCUCAGCAGUCUGAGUGCUCCUCCAAAGACUGUCCUUGUCCUGAAAGAGAUGCUGGAUUAGGCCAGUUUGCAGGACUUCUCAAGUGCCAGCAAAGUAGUUUUGUUGUGAUUUGGAAUUUGUGCUUCUGAGUGAUACUCUACUUCAAAAAUUAGGUUUCCUGUUUAAUCAUUAAUAAUCCAGGAUUAUUAAAUGUCCUGCCCUUUUUUUUUUUUUUUUUUUUUGUUAGUAGUAAGAGGUCUGCUUUAAUUAAAAGGCUCUAAUACAGAUUAAGGCUUUAGGCAAACGGGAAUCCUCCCAUCUCUCGGUGAAAUUAUGAGUGCUAGGAGAACCAUUUAGAUAAUCAAAAUUAGUCUUUCAUUAAGGCAUGUGCAGUCAGUAAUAGUAGGAUAAAUGCUCAAAACCCAAACCCAGGAACUUUUGAGACCUAUCAGAUGAUUUUCUUUCCCAAAAUAGCCUAUAGUCUCGAUAGCAGAUCCUGAAAAUCUUCACCUGAAUAGACCUGGUGAGGCUAAUGAUGUAAUAAAAGGUUGAAAGAUGAAGACCUAUAGAAGCAAUCCACAAACAAAAGCUAGCGAGGGUGUAUUAUAGCAUACAGAAUCAGUGAGAUAAAUUUCUCCUUUGCUGACAGUCAAGAUUAAAAACACUAGGUAUUCUGUGCAGCACCAGUCAAAGUGGUGAGCUAGAUGGAGGCAGCCUCCACAUAGAGGAGUUGAAAUAAAUACUAAGGAAUGAAAAGUAGGAAGAUGUGAUUUGCUUUUCUUGUGAUUAUUUCCUUGAAAAUCGAGUAACCCUAGCAGUACUGCCCCAUUCGUCUGUGAGGCAAACCAACCAUACGAAAAGUGGAUGAAGAAGAAUCAUUCCAGGUACUUUCUGUCCAAUAUGAUAAAACAUUAAUGGAUAAAAAGGAUUGGGGGUUUUGCUUAAUGAGGAAUUCCAGUGUAUAUCCAAAAGGGUUUUUGGCUCUGUAGCCUGAAAUUCACAAUUUCACUAUGGGCAUUUAGUCAACCAGGUUUCUAAUUCAGUUCUAUUGUGUUCCAGGGGAUGUUUUCAUCUCUGAAAGUGAGAGUUUCAAGACUUAAGAAGUCAAAAUGCUGUUGCACACUAUAAUUGAUUUGUGUGUGUGCAUGGGUACAAUUAGCUUAAGGUAUUAAUAUAAAAAGUAGGUAGCUGCAUCUAAUGAUUUUUUUGGAGUAAUCUGAACCAUCUGCCUCUAGAUAUUAAGGAGUUCACUCUUUAAUCCAGAUUAUGGCUGACAAACUGGUUUUGUCAUUCACGUUUCACUAGCAUUGUGCCCUUGAAGAGCUGAUGGGGCUGUAGAAACUCUCUUGCUUAUAGUUACUGGUUUUGAGAACGUUUUUGGUUUGGUUUGGCUUUCUCGUAGUAGUUUGCUUAUAGCUCCUUUUUCCCUGAAGAUGGCUUUUCUAAUGAAAAGUAUGUUGAGCAACCAGGUAAAGAAUUUGGGACUUGGAGGUGGAGGGGAAGAAAGCAAAGAAGAAAGCACUCCUUCUGAUCCAGCAGCAGCUGCGGGAAUGACCAGAGAGGAGUAUGAGGAAUAUCAAAAGCAAAUGGUUGAGGAGAAGAUGGAAAGAGAUGCAGCGUUUGCACAGAAAAAAGCAGAGCGAGCCUGUCUGAGGGUUCAUCUGAGAGAAAAGUACAGACUCCCAAAGAGUGAAUUGGAUGAGAAUCAAAUACAGAUGGCUGGAGAUGACGUGGGUUUGCCAGAAGACCUUCAGAAGAUGGUGGCAGAAGAUCAAGUGGAGGAAGAGGACAAAGACUCUAUCCUGGGACAGCUGCAGAACAUCCAGAAUAUGGACAUGGAUGCAAUCAAAGAAAAAGCACAAGCCACCUUCACUGAAAUCAAACAGGCAGCAGAGCAGAAAUGUUCUGUGAUGUAGAAGAGACUCCAAGGUCCAAGGGUUGUGACUUCAGCCUUGUCUCAGAGGGGCUGGGCUGCAGAGUGAGUGCAGGCUGAGGAAUGCACUUAGCUCUAUAGCAUUAAAUGUAAAUAUAGAAAAGAGAGAGAGAGACUUAAAACCCCAAGGCGGCGGGGGGGGGGUGACGUGCUAUGACUGCGCAGUGUGAAGUUAGAACUGAGCCUUGUUUUUAACAGAACGUUUUUCCCCCUAGAAAAAAAUAGCUUCAAGAAAGCUGAUACUGGGGAAAAAAUGUGCCUUCUUCCAUGUUUUCAAAGUGAUCAAAAUGCUGUUAAAUGUGGAUUGAGAAAAAAUGUGCUUCUGGUGCAUAACAUACAGGCAGCCACUCAUUUAAUAGUGCUUUCAGAAAGAAAUCCAUCUCUUUCUAAUAAAGCCAUGUAUGUUUCAAAUAUUUUGACACAAA